AAGGGGCGCUCAUGUAUCAGUUCAAACUCCAGACUUCGACCCCCUCGAGUUGAACUCAACCUAAAAGACGAAGGAAGAAGUACAACUAUUGGACAACAUGGCAGGACGCGACAGGAUUGUGCAUUUGCUCAGGCAACUUGAAAAAGCAGCGUAAGUUGAUUCCUAAUCGCGAAAAUGCACAAAUACAAGAUUGUUAAAUGCACUUGAGGUAGUGGUUACAUAAGGUAGUUAUCUAAUUUAGCUAGGCCCCUACCUAACUUGUUAUGCAGUAGCCAGAUGACAGUGCAAACAUCGACGUCAACCCAACCUCGUUGCACUCGCAGGUUUGCGUCAAUUGAUUACACUGCUUAUGAAAAUGCUGUUUUCCCCCCCAUUUACAGGUGCAGAUGCCCUGCCCAUUCUCAUACAUUCCAUCAAGGUAGUAGUUGGAUCAAAUAACCUAUUUAUUAUAACACACAGCUUUAUUGUUAAUUUGUUAAUUGUAACACCUAACACAGCUUCAUGUGCAAAGGCUCUAUUCUGCCUCUCAUUCAAGUUUAAUAUGCACCUUGUGAUUUAGCGCCACCCGGGACUGUUUUAUUGAGCUGCAUCUAGCUUGCACUUAUUCUAUGGUACUUUCUGAUGUGGUGUAAUAAACAGGUAAUAGGGCCCAUAAUUGCGAACAUUAUAAAACAGUUUCUCCGUGUCAAAAUACGCAUCAGCCAAUUAAAUCGUUCAUAUACUUGCACGUGAAAGAACGCUACAUUGUACCUGGUCCCGUCAGAUAACGUAGCACACGUUAGCCCUAUGCUAACCUCACCAGAUGACAGUGAUUAUUUCCUGGAACAAAAUUCCGCAUAGCCAAUUAUAAAUGUUGACAUAGAUGGACAUGAACAAACACUUUUCCAUAAGAGCGACCAUAACAAAGUCAAGCACUCUCAUUAUCAUUCUACAGAUGGCAGUAUUGUAGUAAGUGUUAGUUAUUUUAAAUACGUUUAUCGCGAGUCCGGACUCGAAAACAUGUUGUCGAGGAUCCACACCAGAGGAAAGUUUGUCGUUCUACAGUAGGCCUAGACGCAUCCUACAUCACGCUGUAGGCCUAUUAAUAAGGUGGUAACACAGACCAGUCAGUGCUUUCAGGGUGUGUUCAUUGUCAUAGUGACAACUGGGAAUCAUACUUCAAUGUACACUACCGUUCAAAAGUUUGGGGUCACUUAGAAAUGUCCUUGUUUUCGAAAUGUAUUUGUCCUCUUGCUAAGUUGUGCACCGGGGUCUCCCACUCUUCUUUCUAUUCUGGUUAGAGCCAGUUUGCGCUGUUCUGUGAAGGGAGUAGUACACAGCGUUGUACGAGAUCUUCAGUUUCUUGGCAACUUCUCGCAUGGAAUAGCCUUCAUUUCUCAGCACAAGAAUAGACUGACGAGUUUCAGAAGAAAGUUAUUUGUUUCUGGCCAUUUUGAUUCUGUAAUCGAACCCACAAUUGCUGAUGCUCCAGAUACUCAACUAGUCUCAAUAAGUUUUAUUGCUUCUUUAAUCAGCACAACAGUUUUCAGCUGUGCUAACAUAAUUGCAAAAGGGUUUUCUAAUGAUCAUUUAGCCUUUUCAAAUGAUAAACUUGGAUUAGCAAACACAACGUGCCAUUGGAACACAGGACUGAUGGUUGCUGAUAAUGGGCCUCUGUACGCCUAUGUAGAUAUUCCAUUAAAAAUCAGCAGUUUCCAGCUACAAUAGCCAUUUACAACAUUAACAAUGUCUACACUGUAUUUCUGAUCAAUUUUAUGUUAUUUUAAUGGACAAAAACAUAGCUUUUCUUUUGAAAACAAGAACAUUUCUAAGUGACCCCAAACUUUUGAACGGUAGUGUACAUAUACUGAACAAAAAUAUAAACGCAACAAUUUCAAAGAUUUUACUAAGUUAUAUAAGGAAAUCAGUCAAUUUAAAUAAAUAAAUUAGGCCCUAAUCUAUGGAUUUCACAUGAUUGGGAAUACAGAUUUGAAUCUGUUGGUCACAAAUACCUUUAAAAAAAAAAAAAGUAGGGGUGUGGAUCAGAAAACUAAUCAGUAUCUGGUGUGACCACUAUUUGCCUCAUGCAGCAUGACACAUCUCCUUUGCAUAGAGUUGAUCAGGCUAUUGAUUGUGGCCUGUGGAAUGUUGUCCCACUCCUCUUCAAUGGCUGUGUGAAGUUGCUGGAUAUUGUCUGGAACUGGAACACGCUGUCGUACACGUCCAUCCAUGCUCAAUGGGUGACAUGUCUGGUGAGUAUGCAGGCCAUGGAAGAACUGGGACAUGUUCAGCUUCCAGGAAUUGGGUACAGAUCCUUGCAACAUGGGGCUAUGCAUUAUCAUGCUGAAACAUGAGGUGAUGGCGGCGGAUGAAUGGCACGACAAUGGGCCUCAGGAUCUUAUCACGGUAUCUCUGUGCAUCCAAAUUGCCAUAGAUAAAAUGCAAUUGUGUUCGUUGUCCGUCGCUUAUGCCUGCCCAUACCAUAACCCCAACGCCACCAUGGGGCACUCUGUUCACAACGUUGACAUCAGCAAACUGCUCGCACACACGACGCCAUACAUGUGGUCUGCGGUUGUCAGGCCGGUUGGACCUACUGCCAAAUCUCUAAAACGACGGAGGCGGCUUAUGGUAGACAAAUGAACAUUACAUUUUCUGGCAACAGCUCUGGUGCACAUUCCUGCAGUCAGCAUGCCAAUUGCACGCUCCCUCAAAACUUGAGACAUCAACAUUUCUGGGAUCUUUUAUUUCUGCUCUUGAAACAUGGGACCAACACUUUACAUGUUGCAUUUAUAUUUUCGUUCAGUGUACAAUGAAAAAUAAUAAACUCGUAUUUAAAUGUAGCAAUUCAACAGCAAACACCUUUUAGCCUGCGCAUCUUUUACAGCAAUGUUCGCAAGUAGGGCCGCAAAGUGUUUUAUUCAAUCAAGCACAUUUCUCAAUACAUUCUGAUGCAUUCAUGAUGAUCUGCUGCCAUCCUUUUGUUAUGCCUGCAUAAGCAUUGGUUUUUCACUCCGUUUUAUCUAUUAAAACAAGAGUUUUAUGGAAAGGCUAUCCUUAACUGAUUCAGUUCUUUAUUUGGAGUUUGGCUGUCUGUCUAAUUUUGGUUUCGAAACACCUCAAGGAGGACAGUACAGUGAAAAAACAGUGACCAUCGGCACAACUUUUUCGGCGGUAGACAUCAGUACAGUGCAGCUGUAACAUGGACAUUCAACAAGGACAAGAUGACGUAGCAUCCCAGGUCAGUUCCAGAACAGGAUCUUCAAGCCGCUGCAGCAACUAGAGCCUGCGCCAGGGCAGAGGAAGCACACGCCGUGCAUCAUUCGCUGGCGAGAGGCUGAGACACAUUACAUCUUCAUAGACAGGCAGCCGCAGCACUGGUUCAGGCUGAGAUCUGGGAGGCAGCAGUAGAACUAGAGGAUGAGGUGUUCCACAAUAAUAUAUAUAUCUAUUUUUUUAUUAUUUAUUUAGACAUCCUCUAACACAAAAUUACAUUGCUGAACGCAAAGGUGAAUACAUCAUUAAGCAAGCUAAGCUACAUACCAGACAUCCUUCCUCGCCGGGACUUGUACCAGCAUACGGCGACCACCUCAUCUUGAUGACACCCUAGUCACAUGUCAGACUUCAGGCUACGCAACCUAUUCAGUUUCACUGAAGAGCAGCACAACUUGAAGCAAACUGGGAAAUAUGCAGCAUGCUUCAAGCCUCAUUCAUCACUCCCCAACAAGACAGGACCCACUGGGCACAGACAUCAGUUCAACGUCUAGUUUUGAUUGAAAUUUAGUUGAGUUGUCAACUAAUGUGAAAUCAACAAAACAUUUUACAAUUUCAUUGGAUUAAGGUUAAAAGUUGGGUGAAUAAAGACUAAAUUCCCUUAUGUUGAUGACUUUUUGCAAAUCCCAUCAGUUUUCCACGUUGAUUCAAAGUCAUCACAUUUUUGUUGUUGAAAUGACGUGGAAACAACGUUGAUUCAUCCAGUUUUUGCCCAGUGGGGAGCCCCCGCUACAAAAGCCCCACACACUUAAAGAGAACAAAGCCAGUCAUAGUACCCCCUACCUCAGCCCUACACCCUGCAACACUACACAGCUGUGCGGAACCAGUCCGAGGCCAACAUGAUAGACUUUGCUAAGUACCUAGCAUGUUGUGAGCUAGUGAACACAGGACUCACACAAUUCGACAACCAGUCGAAGAGGUUCAGGGCAUGGCAGUCAUCAUUCAACAACGCUAUCAAGGGCCUGGACCUCACUUCUAGUAAGGAGCUGUAUCUGCUAACAAAGUGACUGGGCAAGGAGUCCUCGGAACACGCAAAGAGGGUGAGCUCAGUGCACAUCAACGACCCAAGCGCAGCAUUGGACAGACUAAAACAGUGUUACUCUACACCCAAAAUCAUCGAAAGAGGUUAUACCGUUCUCCAGAAUCUCCAGCAGAGAUUUCCUCAAGCUAAGCGAGCUCAGAGAUCUCCUGAUGGAAGGUCAGUCUGCAAAUGAAGAUGGACACUUACCUGGCCUAAUUUACAGUGGGGAAAAAAAAUAUUUAGUCAGCCACCAAUUGUGCAAGUUCUCCCACUUAAAAAGAUGAGAGAGGCCUGUAAUUUUCAUCAUAGGUACACGUCAACUAUGACAGACAAAUUGAGAAAAAAAAAUCCAGAAAAUCACACUGUAGGAUUUUUCAUUAAUUAAUUUGCAAAUUAUGUUGGAAAAUAAGUAUUUGGUCACCUACAAACAAGCAGGAUUUCUGGCUCUCACAGACCUGUAACUUAUUCUUUAAGAGGCUCCUCUGUCCUCCACUCAUUACCUGUAUUAAUGGCACCUGUUUGAACUUGUUAUCAGUAUAAAAGACACCUGUCCACUACCUCAAACAGUCACACUCCAAACUCCACUAUGGCCAAGACCAAAGAGCUGUCAAAGGACACCAGAAACAAAAUUGUAGACCUGCACCAGGCUGGGAAGACUGAAUCUGCAAUAGGUAAGCAGCUUGGUUUGAAGAAAUCAACUGUGGGAGCAAUUAUUAGAAAAUGGAAGACAUACAAGACCACUGAUAAUCUCCCUCGAUCUGGGGCUCCACACAAGAUCUCACCCCGUGGGGUCAAAAUGAUCACAAGAACGGUGAGCAAAAAUCCCAGAACCACACGGGGGGACCUAGUGAAUGACCUGCAGAGAGCUGGGACCAAAGUAACAAAGCCUACCAUCAGUAACACACUACGCCGCCAGGGACUCAAAUCCUGCAGUGCCAGAUGUGUCCCCCUGCUUAAGCCAGUACAUGUCCAGGCCCAUCUGAAGUUUGCUAGAGUGCAUUUGGAUGAUCCAGAAGAGGAUUGGGAGAAUGUCAUAUGGUCAGAUGAAACCAAAAUAUAACUUUUUGGUAAAAACUCAACUCGUCGUGUUUGGAGGACAAAGAAUGCUGAGUUGCAUCCAAAGAACACCAUACCUACUGUGAAGCAUGGGGGUGGAAACAUCAUGCUUUGGGGCUGUUUUUCUGCAAAGGGACCAGGACGACUGAUCCAUGUAAAGGAAAUAAUGAAUGAGGCCAUGUAUCGUGAGAUUUUGAGUGAAAACCUCCUUCCAUCAGCAAGGGCAUUGAAGAUGAAACGUGGCUGGGUCUUUCAGCAUGACAAUGAUCCCAAACACACCGCCCAGGCAACGAAGGAGUGGCUUCGUAAGAAGCAUUUCAAGGUCCUGGAAUGGCCUAGCCAGUCUCCAGAUCUCAACCCCAUAGAAAAUCUUUGGAGGGAGUUGAAAGUCUGUGUUGCCCAGCGACAGCCCCAGAACAUCACUGCUCUAGACGAGAUCUGCAUGGAGGAAUGGGCCAAAAUACCAGCAACAGUGUGUGAAAACCUUGUGAAGACUUACAGAAAACGUUUGAUCAAUCAAUUUCAAUCAAUUUUAUUUUAUAUAGCCCUUCUUACAUCAGCUAAUAUCUCGAAGUGCUGUACAGAAACCCAGCCUAAAACCCCAAACAGCUAGUAAUGCAGGUGUAGAAGCACGGUGGCUAGGAAAAACUCCCUAGAAAGGCCAAAACCUAGGAAGAAACCUAGAGAGGAACCAGGCUAUGAGGGGUGGCCAGUCCUCUUCUGGCUGUGCCGGGUGGAGAUUAUAACAGAACCAUGCCAAGAUGUUCAAAAAUGUUCAUAAGUGACAAGCAUGGUCAAAUAAUAAUCAGGAAUAAAUCUCAGUUGGCUUUUCAUAGCCGAUCAUUAAAAGUUGAAAACAGCAGGUCUGGGACAGGUAGGGGUUUGACCUGUGUCAUUGCCAACAAAGGGUAUAAAACAAAGUAUUGAGAAACUUUUGUUAUUGACCAAAUACUUAUUUUCCACCAUAAUUUGCAAAUAAAUUCAUUAAAAAUCCUACAAUGUGAUUUUCUGGAUUUCUUUUCCUCAUUUUGACUGUCAUAGUUGACGUGUACCUAUGAUGAAAAUUACAGGCCUCUCUCAUCUUUUUAAGUGGGAGAACUUGCACAAUUGGUGGCUGACUAAAUACUUUUUUUCCCCACUGUACCUGGACCACCGCUUGUGGCAUCAGUUCUAUUGUGGAGAAACUGCCACAGGGCCUCCAAUAAAAAAUCAAAGACGAACACAACAAGUGCUUUGCCUCAUUCUCCUUCUUCACAAAGUUAAUCUGCGAUGAAGCAAGAACCAGAAAGGACCUGAGCUUCGCUCUCCCCAGCAGUAGCAGUGGCCCUGCGAGAAGUGAGAGUCCUGCCAUUAGAAACAUAAUCACAAGAACCUCCAUAUCUGUACAUAAAGCAGAUGUGGACCUAGCUGCUGACUCCAGCAGAAACCCCCACAACAAAAGAAGACAGCCCAGGUAAAAGCUGCCCCAUCCACAAUCUACGUCAUCCGCUCAGUACAUAUAGAAGACUGUACCAUAGCAGUGAAAUGUAAUGAGUGUGGAAGCGACAGCCACAACACAGCUAUGCAACCAGGUCCUUCCGCCUGGACCUCAACGGCCUCCAUCCCUGCGUCUGAAAACGGCGGGAGGAGGAAAAAAACCAGACCACUGCACCAGCAGUCAGUUCCCAAUGCACUGAGGUAUGAGACAAGGGUCCAACAGCGCGAUCAUGCUCCAAAAUAUGUCUGGUGAGAGUAUACUCCCAGGGGCAGUGUGAAAUCGCGGUCAAGAUGUAUGCCAUACUCGACGAACAGAGCAAUCGGUCACUGGCAAAGUCAGACUUCUUUGUUCUCUUCAGCAUCCAGGAUAGCCCAUUGCCCUGUGCGGUAGUCCUGGAAACAGCAGGGAGAAAAGCUGAUGGCUUUCAGAUCGAAGCAGUAAACGGAGGGGUAAGCCCUUCCUCCAUUCAUGGAGUGCAACAACAUUCUCAAUAACAGAUCUAACAUACAGUACCUACACCCAAGGUAGCCCUUCACCAAGCCCACCUCAAGCCGGUGGCAGCCCACAUCCCAGAGCUGGAUCCAAGUGCCAAAAUCCUUCUGUCAGAGUACACAAGGUGUACAACUGAUGACCGAAAUCAGCCUGCAGGCGCCCGGCCCGCCACAAGGAAUCGCUAGAGCGUGAUGAGCCAAGUAAAGCCCCCCCCCCCCCCCCCCCGGCCAAACCCUCCCCUAACCCGGACGACGCUGGGCCAAUUGUGCGCCGCCCUAUGGGACUCCCGGGUUGUGACACAGCUUGGGUCUGUAGUGCGCCACUCGGGAGGCCCGUGGCACUGGGCACUUACAGUGAGGGGAAAAAGGUAUUUGAUUUUGUUUGUUUGCCCACUGACAAAGAAAUGAUCAGUCUAUCAUUUUAAUGGUAGGUUUAUUUGAACAGUGAGAGACAGAAUAACAACCAAAAAAUCCAGAAAAACGCAUGUCAAAAAUGUUAUAAAUUGAUUUGCAUUUUAAUGAGGGAAAUAAGUAUUUGACCCCUCUGCAAAACAUGAUUUAGUACUUGGUGGCAAAACCCUUGUUGGCAAUCACAGAGGUCAGACGUUUCUUGUAGUUGGCCACCAGGUUUGCACACAUCUCAGGAGGGAUUUUGUCCCACUCCUCUUUGCAGAUCUUCUCCAAGUCAUUAAGGUUUCGAGGCUGAUGUUUGGCAACUCGAACCUUCAGCUCCCUCCACAGAUUUUUUAUGGGAUUAAGGUCUGGAGACUGGCUAGGCCACUCCAGGACCUUAAUGUGCUUCUUCUUGAGCCACUCCUUUGUUGCCUUGGCCGUGUGUUUUGGGUCAUUGUCAUGCUGGAAUACCCAUCCACGACCCAUUUUCAAUGCCCUGGCUGAGGGAAGGAGGUUCUCACCCAAGAUUUGACGGUACAUGGCCCUGUCCAUCAUCCCUUUGAUGCGGUGAAGUUGUCCUGUCCCCUUAGCAGAAAAACACCCCCAAAGCAUAAUGUUUCCACCUCCAUGUUUGACGGUGGGGAUGGUGUUCUUGGGGUCAUAGGCAGCAUUCUUUCUCCUCCAAACACAGCAAGUUGAGUCGAUGCCAAAGAGCUCCAUUUUGGUCUCAUCUGACCACAACACUUUCACCCAGUUCUCCUCUGAAUCAUUCAGAUGUUCAUUGGCAAACUUCAGACGGGCAUGUAUAUGUGCUUUCUUGAGCAGGAGGACCUUGCAGGCGCUGCAGGAUUUCAGUCCUUCACGGCGUAGUGUGUUACCAAUUGUUUUGUUGGUGACUAUGGUCCUGCUGCCUUGAGAUCAUUGACAAGAUCCUCCCGUGUAGUUCUGGGCUGAUUCCUCACCGUUCUCAUGAUCAUUGCAACUCCACGAGGUGAGAUCUUGCAUGGAGCCCCAGGCCGAGGGAGAUUAACAGUUAUUUUGUGUUUCUUCCAUUUGCGAAUAAUCGCACCAACUGUUGUCACCUUCUCACCAAGCUGCUUGGCGAUGGUCUUGUAGCCCAUUCCAGCCUUGUGUAGGUCUACAAUCUUGUCCCUGACAUCCUUGGAGAGCUCUUUGGUCUUGGCCAUGGUGGAGAGUUUGGAAUCUGAUUGAUUGAUUGCUUCUGUGGACAGGUGUCUUUUAUACAGGUAACAAGCUGAGAUUAAGAGCACUCCCUUUAAGAGUGUGCUCCUAAUCUCAGCUCGUUACCUGUAUAAAAGACACCUGGGAGCCAGAAAUCUUUCUGAUUGAGAGGGGGUCAAAUACUUAUUUCCCUCAUUAAAAUGCAAAUCAAUUUAUAACAUUUUUGACAUGCGUUUUUCUGGAUUUUUUGGUUGUUAUUCUGUCUCUCACUGUUCAAAUAAACCUACCAUUAAAAUUAUAGACUGAUCAUUUCUUUGUCAGUGGGCAAACGUACAAAAUCAGCAGGGGAUCAAAUACUUUUUUCCCUCACUGUAUGCCUUCCACCUGAGACAUGUGUCAGCGGUCAACUCCUUUUAGCUAAAAAGGACUGAACGUUUGGUAACCAUUGAGUUUACGUUAAAAGUUCGUAGUGGCAUCUUACAGAUGCCAGGCGGCACCCAGUGGCCAUUUUAUUUAGCUGCAUCUAGCUUGCACUUAUUCUAUGGUGUUUUCUUAUGUGGUGUAAUAAACAGGAACUGUUUUAUUCAAUUAAACACAUUCCUCAAUAGUCUGUUGCACUCAUGAUGAUCUGCUGCCAUCCUUUUGUUAUGCCUGCGUAAGCAUUGCUCUUUACUCCGGUUUAUCUAUUAAAACCGGAGGUUUAUGGAAAGCCUGUCCCUGACUCUGGUUCAGUUCUUGAAUGGAGUUUGGCUAUCUGUUUUGGUUAGAAACACCUCAAGGAGGACAGUACACUCUCACUUGAAUAGAAAGGGGUGUUUUUAUAAAUGUGUACAUGUGUACCACUAAUUAGGGUCCAUAGAAACAUGGACCAAAACUGUGGUUCCUACCCUGUCACAACAUGUUUUAAAGUUGUAAUGUUUGUGCUCUAGCUUCAGGACAUGACUGUGGAAGAAAAACUGAUUAUGCAUUUGAGGUAACCAUAUUUUCACUCAUCUGACUUUGACAUGGCCCACAGAAGCUUUGCAAAAUGCUUAAAUAAGCCAUACUAAUAGGCAGACAUUAGUUAUUAAUUAAACUAAAACCAACCAUAUAAUCCAAUUACUGUCAUGAGGCUCAGCAUAAAACCCCAUUUUUAAAAAGCUUUAAAAGUAGUCUUUAGGCUAAAGUACUGCAAAAAAAUAUCUAAGAUAUCUAUUUCUCUAUUUGAUUAAUGAAAAGUAGUCAACAGUAUUCUUCCUUAGGAUGUUGGCCAACGUUAACCAUAUUUUUCAUGUUAUUAUUUGGUUUCAGAUGGCCAGCUCAAACAUUAGAUAUGGCGAGGGUGUCACACGGGAAAUUGGUAUGGUAAAUAAGUCUCUGCUAUUUUUCUGUUCAUGACAAGAUAUGAAACCACUUAUGUGUACAUAAUUGUUCUUCCUAAAUGGUAAGGGUUUGUGUUCUAUUGUGUUCACAAUAAAAAAGGUCCAAUAAUGGAAGAGACAUGAACAGGCCUAAAAUGGAAAUGUAUAUGAUACUUUGAACAUUAAUCACAUAAGUUUUUGUCUAAGAUAUGAAUAACACUAUCUCUCCUAUUUUGUGAUUUUCUUUUAAAUUGCAGGAUCUUCAGAACAUGGGAGCCCGUAACGUGUGUCUUAUGACAGACAAUAAUCUGUCUCAGCUCCCUCCUGUCAAGGCCGUGUUGGAGUCCCUGGUUCAGAAUGGGGUUAACUACAAAGUUUAUGACAAUGUUCGGGUGGAGCCAACAGACUCCAGGUAACCCUUGUGCAUUCCAAUUGGCACCCUAGCUAUUCCCUAUAUAGUGCACUACUUUUGAACAGAGCAGGGUCCAUAGGGCUCUGGUCACAAGUAAUGCACUACCGUAUAUAGGGACUAGAGUGCCAUUUGGGACGCACCCCCUAUGCUUUUUCUCAAUGACUUUCUAAUGGAAUUUUCAUCAUCACAUUUGAUAUUGAUUAUAGUUUUUCCUUAUUUGAAGUAAAUGUAUGGAUUAUCAGAAGCACUACGUUUUUAGAAGCGGAAUACAAAAGUCAAUCAAGGGAUGAAUUGUCAAUAAAGUAAUCAUUUUCACUCUUUACUAUACAGCUUCAAGGAGGCCAUUGCUUUUGCGAAGAAAGAAACGUUUGACAUUUACGUUGCUGUGGGUGGAGGCUCAGUGAUUGACACCUGUAAAGCUGCCAACUUGUAUGCCUGCCAUCCCGAGGCUGAUUUCCUAGACUUUGUCAACGCGCCUAUAGGGAAGGGAAAGCCUAUUACUGGAGCUCUCAAGCCCCUGAUCGCAGGUACUAUGAAAGAGUUGUAUCUCUGUCUGUUUCAUCACACGACAAGCCCCAGUCACGAUUACACAUUGAAGUUAAUAGGUUUACGAACUAAAUGACCCUGGUACACUGGACCAUUUAGAAUUUGUUGUAUUUACACUGUACAUAAGUGCAUGUUUCUUUGACCAUUACAGAUUAGAUAGAGGUUAUUACAGAUGAUUUAAUACUUUUUUGUGGAUGGUUGUGCAUACCUGAUCUUGUUAGACUGUACCUCAAAUCCUCUCUGGGAGGAAAUUAAUAUGCCAUACACUUUUAGAACAAUUAAAUGGAUGAGCAGAUAUGCAGUUUUCCUAAUAUAGGCUAAACUUGUACAUGUUAGUCACAUGGCUCCUAUUUUUCUCUUAAGUUCCCACAACAGCAGGAACUGGCAGUGAGACAACAGGUGUUGCCAUCUUCGACUUCGAAAAACUGAAAGCAAAAACAGGUAAAAACACUUUGUCAGUGCACAGCUAUCUCUCUCCUUAGUUGCAUUGCUGGCCUCACAUUCAAAUGAUCAUUCAAUGCAAACUGUAUGUUUCAAUGUUUCAUUCAAUGACUCAGUAUGACUUGCUUGUCUCCUGGUUAAUCUGUUCAGGCAUCGCCAGCCGAGCCAUUAAGCCGACUCUUGGAAUAGUGGAUCCUCUCCACACUCUGCAUAUGCCCGAGAGGGUGGCUGCCAACAGCGGUUUUGAUGUGCUAUGGUAUGUAAAUAUACUGUGUGUAUAUAUAUAUAUAUAUAUAUAUAUAUAUAUAUAUAUAUAUAUAUAUAUAUAUAUAUAUAUAUAUAUAUAUAAAUAUAUAUAUAUAUAAAUUGAUCACAUUCAAUAUAAGGCUACAUUCACAUCUUUUAUCAACCUUAUAAGCCAAAGAUCUCAUUCAUCAACAUGCUUCUCUCUACCUACAUGUUGCAGAGGCCUUUGACUUAUACCUUUGUAAGACCUUUUGCCCACUCGGUGCUUUCUCCACAUCUUCAAAUUUCCCUUUGCCCUUAUAACGUCAAGGUGGUGCCAGAUAGAAGUGAUUGAUUAAAAGAAUAGGAGUUGGAUUAAGCUCUUUUCUAUAUCUGUUCUCUUUGUGUGUCCCUAUGCAGCCAUGCCCUGGAGUCCUACACGGCUCUUCCCUACAACAUGCGCAGCCCCUGCCCUCCCAACCCCAUCAACCGGCCGGCCUACCAGGGCAGUAACCCCAUUAGUGAUGUCUGGUCCAGACAUGCUCUGAAUGUAGUGGCCAAGUACAUGAAACGGUAAACGCCUUCCUGAUGAGGCUUCCACUAGCUAUUCCGCAGUUUUAUCCCCAAACAAUCACUACCGGCUAUUGUGAAUAUUAUUAUCAGUGGUUUCUUAUUAUUAGUGCUGAUAGAAGGGGUCAUUAACAGUUGACUUUCUCCCUCUAAGGGCGGUGAACGAUGCUGAGGAUGUAAAGGCCAGGUCCAGCAUGCAUCUUGCCAGUGUGUUUGCCGGGAUCGGGUUUGGAAAUGCUGGGGUCCACUUAUGGUAAAGCAAACAUAUGGUUCAUUAUGCAUUUAUCAUGAUUGAAACUGCACGCAUCCCCUUCCUUAUAUGAAUAGUUACAGUGUGUCCUGUGAUUGAUGAUUAAUGUGACUGAUAAGACCCUUUUUGUUAAUUUUUUUAGCCACGGGAUGUCUUAUCCUAUUGCUGGAAAUGUGAAGACUUACAUGGCUAAGGGCUACAAUGUGGAUCACCCUGUCGUGGUAAAGCUAUUCUGGUCCUUUUCUUCAUUUUAGAACCAAUAAAAAGAAAUCUUAUUAUUGAAACAUUUCUGUUAAAUUUGAACUUUAUAUAAUUGAAAAUUCUUUAUAUUUAGUUCCACAUAUCUAUGUUAUCUAUGACCACAGUUUUGACACUGAUAUAAUGUGUUUUCAUUGGUUUUCUGCUCCAUGUUUGUGAUAUACACGGAGUAUAUAAACCAUUAAGAACACCUCCUCUUUCCAUGACAGACUGACCAGGUGAAUCCAGGUGAAAGCUAUGAUCUCUUAUUGAUGUCACUUCAAUCAGUGUAGAUGAAGGGGUUAAAGAAGGAUUUUUAAACCUUGAGACAAUUGAGACAUGGAUUGUGUAUGUGUGCCAUUCAGAUGGUGAAUGGGCCAGACAAAAUAUUUAAGGGCCUUUGAAUGGGGUAUGGUAGUAGGUGCCAGGUGCACCGGUGUGUAUCAAGAAUGGUCCACCACCCAAAGGACAUCCAGCCAACUUGGGAAGCAUUGUGGGAAGCAUUGGAGUCAACAUGGGCCAGCAUCCCUGUUGAACGCUUUUGACACCUUGCAGAGUCCAUGGCCCGACGAAUUGAGGCUGUUCUGAGGGCAAAAGGGGGGGAGGGUGCAACUCAAUAUUAGAAAGGUGUUCCUAAUGUUUUGUAUACUCCGUGUUUAUAUACAGGUAACUGCCAAAAUAAAGGAAACACCAACAUAACGGAAACACCAACAUUAAAUGUCUUAAUAGGGCGUUAGGCCGCCUUGGCAUAGAUUCUACAAGUGUCUGGAACUAUUGGAGGGAUGCGACACCAUUCUUCCAUGAGAAAUUCCAUAAUUUGGUAUCUUGUUGAUGGUGGUGAAAAAACGCUGUCUCGGGCGCCUCUCCAGAAUCUCCCAUAAAUGUUCAAUUGGGUUGAGAUCUGAUGACUGAGACACGCACAACCUUUAAACCCCCUAUGCUCCUUUGAAAUCCCUCUUUCAAAGUCACUGAGACCUCUUCUUCUAGCCAUGGGAGCCAAAAAUAAUGGGCAACUGGGCAUUUGUAUGCAUGACUCUAAGCAUGAUGGCAUGUUAAUUGUUUAAUUAACUCAGGAACCAAACCUGUGUGGAAGCACCUGCUUUCAAUAUUUACUGAUCAAAACAUUUUACGCAACAUGUUAAGUGUUGGUCCCAUGUUUCAUGAGCUGAAAUAAAAGAUCCCAGAAAUCUUCCAUACGCACAAAAAGUUUUUUCUCUCAAGUUUUGUGCACAAAUUUGUUUACAUUCCUGUUAGUGAGCAUUUCUCUUUUGCCAAGAUAAUCCAUCCACCUGACAGGUGUGGCAUAUCAAGAAGCUGAUUAAACAGCAUGAUCAUUACACAGGUGCACCUUGUGCUGGGGACAAUAAAAGGCUACUCUAAAAUGUGCAGUUUUGUCACACAACACAAUGCCACAGAUGUCUCAAGUUUUGAGGGAGCGUGCAAUUGGCAUGCUGACUGCAGGAAUGUCCACUAGAGCUAUUGCCAGAUAAUUAAAUGUUCAUUUCUCUACCAUAAGCCGCCUCCCAACAUCGUUUUAGAGAAUUUGGAAGUACGUCCAACCGGCCUCACAAUCGCAGACCACGUGUAACCACGCCAGCCCAGGACCUCCACAUCUGGCUUCUUAACCUGCGGGAUCGUAUGAGACCACCCACCCGGACAUCUGAUGAAACUGAGGAGUAUUUAUGUCUGUAAUAAAGCCCUUUUGUGGGGAGAAACCCAUUCUGAUUGGCUGGGCCUUACUCCCCAGUGGGUGGGCCAGUCUCCCAAGUGGGUGGGCCUAUGCCCUCCCAGGCCCACCCAUGGCUGCGCCCCUGCCCAGUCAAGUGAAAUCCAUAGAUUAGGGCCUAAUUAAUUUAUUUGAUUGGACUGAUUUCCUUAUAUGAACUGUAACUCAGUAAAAUAGUUGUUGUUUAUAUUUUUGUUCAGUAUACUUAGUAUCCCUCAUUUACUCAAGUGUUUCCUUUAUUUUGGUAGUUACCUGUAUAUAACAAAUAUAUUGUUUCAUAAAUAUGUAUCUCCAUUCACAGUUUAACUAUCAAGCAUUAAUAGUUCCCAUGUGUUGCUCUUCUGUCCUAUAGCCUCAUGGUCUAUCCGUGGUUCUGACCUCUCCUGCUGUUUUUGCCUUCACUGCCAGUAUGUGUCCAGAGCGCCACCUGGAGGCAGCAGAGAUACUUGGUAACAGCAACUCUUCUCAACAACACCCCCAACAGUGUUGUCACUAAAUACUAACAGAAAUGUCCUUUUACUUUGUCUCAAAGGGUACUCUAUUCCAUAUACAGUGCACUGGUCAAAUAUAGUGCAUAAUAGGUGUAGUAAGAAGUGUCAUGCACGCAUGGCACUAUUGUUUCCUUACUGAUUUUGUGAUGUCAAGCUCACACCCCUCCAUGUCUCUCCUCAGGGGCUGACGUGAUUAACACCAAGAGGGCGGACGCUGGGCUCCUCCUGGCCGACACCCUGAGACAGUUCCUCUAUGACCUGAAGGUAGAGGACGGUCUGAGUGCUGUCGGCUACACCAAGGAUGACAUACCUGACCUAGUGAGAGGAACAAUACCUCAGGUAACUACACAUUAGAAAUGGUUCACAUUAGCUGUGCAAAACACGUUCUUUCACGCCCUGAUGAAGGCUAUUGAGCCCAAAUGUUGGUAAUAAACCCACAAGCAAGGAGAGUUGAGUGUGCUAGUGUUACUUUCUUAUUCAUAAUGCAUUACAUGUACUUUGUCUCUUUUUCUGAAUGGAAUUUCCUGUGUCUGCCCCUGAUCGUGUCACUAUGGUCUCUUGCAGGAAAGGGUGACAAAGCUGUCUCCUAGGGAACACACAGAGGAAGAUUUGAGUCAUUUGUUUGAGGCCUCCCUGAAGCUGUACUAAGACUGGCUCUCUUGUUUGUCAUCACCCACUCUCCUACUGUACCUGUGUGAGAUGAUGAGAGCCCAAAGGAUUCUGUGCUUAUCUCUCACUGGUUCUCAAAUGGCACCCUAUUCAGCACACUACUUUUGACCAGUACCCAUAGGGCUC